GGGAAGGCUUGGGGCAUGCUUAGAGGAGGGAGCUUAGGGAAGAAGCUAGGCCGUGGGCCAAAGAAAAAGGAAGUGCUUAAGAAAAAGGGUGCUUAGGUAAGGUGUGUAAAGUAUCUAUCUAUGUAAGAAGGUCCUAUUCAAAAUACCUCUAUUAUCAUUGGCUACGUGGAAUUAUCUCAUACAGGGUAAAACGAAUUCUGACCCUGGUGCAUUUAGUCCGCCGUACUAGUAAUAUCAUGGCCAAGCGGUAGCAUCAAGAGUGGAAUUUUACCUCUGACUACCUACCGAAUAUCCGAGAAGGAGAUAAUUACUACUUUACUUCGGAUACAACGUGUGUCAGGGCACGCGGGAUAACGCUUGUUCUAGGUGGAGCAUUUCUGGGUAUCGGUAUGAGGCGGAUUGGCGGCUUGACAUUCCUUCAAUUCGACGAGUACAGAGUACUCUAUACAGAUACUACGUGCUCUCUAUUAUUAGAUACUCCGUACGCUCUAUUAUUGCCAUCCAGCUUCUCUGUUGCACAGCUGCGAAUUGCACAGCGACUACUCUGUAGUUCCCCAACAUGAUGUGCAUAUAGAUCCAGAUUCCUCCUCUGCUCCGGUCUGCUAAGCAGGCUAAGCUUUGCAUCAAGAGAUGCUUGGGAGAGCCAAAACGUCAGCUCCACCCCUGGCCUCUCCAGUCCCCAGUUCCAUGAUUAACUUAUCAAGGCUGCACACGCUAGUGGCCGGAGAUGCGCAUCACCAGCGAAUAGCAAUUGUUCCAUACCGGCUUUCCUCAUUGUUGGUGGGGGUUCACCAACACACCCAUUCCAGUCAAUCCUGGUCAAUUUAUAAUCCUCUCGUCGGCGCUGACCACCAACAGAAGUCUUAUUAUUGUUAUUUGUGGUUGCAUCAUGGGGUCGCUCAAAGCUUUCUCCACAGAUUGGCGUGGUCGGGGUGAGAGAGGGGGAUGUUUGCAGGGGAUCUCGCUAUGCAUC